UUAGGAGUGUUAAUGGGAGGCAUUAAUGUUAUGAAGAAUCGAGAGACAGGGUGUAGUAGUGCGAUUCUGCUGUGUCCCAGACCAUAGCGCUGAGUGUAGAGGUGGAUCAAAUUAAAAGGAAUAUUCCUAGUGUUUGUGACACCUGCCGUUUGGUGAGAUGUAGACCCGGUGGCAAUGGCGCAACUGAGAAUACCGUCUCUCUUGUUGAGCUUUGACAGAGUGUUUUUACCCGAUAAAGUCAGGUCAGGCUAUAUUUGCUAUUCUGUCAGGUCCUAUGUUCCGAACUGGCUACGGUGCAUUAGGUUCCCACGAUGUGAGAAAUGUGCAGGAGGGCAUAGUUGGAGGAACAUUACAGUUGGAAUGAGAAAGUACGUGUGUCAACUGUUGGCGUGCCCAUGAAGCUGGGGAUCCAAAGUGAGAUUACCAGAGUUUGAGAGGGUACGUUUCCUAUGCUGAGGCAGUGAAGAGAGUAGAGGACUGAAAUGUGACCGAAAUGUGCAAUUCGCACUCUGACCUGCGAAAGACAGCCAUAUGCAACACAGCGUCUAGUCUGCCGGAAAGCCACAAGAAGAAUUUCGCCACAGUUAUAAACUGUAUAUCACAAGUCUCAAAGGAGUCUAAAAACUGGACAUUAUUGUGGCUGCAGCAGAAACGUUUUUGGGAUUUAAGGAUUUUACAUUUGAAGACCGGAAAAACUGCACUCCCAGGUUCCCCUUGAGCCUAUGUAGUUUCAGAUUCCUGCCUGACUGAGGAGAGUCAGAACGUCCAAAACGCUGAAGAAUCCUGUAUUAGGAUUUCCAGUGUCCAGAUGGUGUGGGUGUUCCUCAUGAACCGCAUGGGGUCUCAGGGCAGCACAGUGGCCCAGCGGAGACGCAUGGCCCUGGGGGUGGUCAUCCUCCUGCUGGUGGACAUCAUCUGGGUGGUCUCCUCUGAGCUCACCUCAUACAUAUUCAAGCGGCAGGAGUAUAACAAGCCCUUCUUCAGCACGUUCACCAAGACCUCCAUGUUUGUGCUGUACCUGUUGGGGUUCCUGCUGUGGCGGCCAUGGAGGCAGCAGUGCACGGGCAGUCUCCGGGGACGACACGCAGCCUUUUUUGCUGAUGCCGAGGCCUACUUUACCCCCUGUAUCAAUGACACUAGUUUGAAUGACCAUACCCUAAGUGAACCCUUGUAUGUUCCAGUGAAGUUUCAGGAUCUUCCGACUGAACAGACAAACUGUGCCAUUGGAGAUUGUGAUUCCACCUCUAAAAAGCAACGGGUGCGCUUCAGCAACAUCAUGGAGGUGCGCCAGCUCCCGUCCACACAGGCCCUGGAGGCCAAGUUAUCGCGCAUGUCCUACCCCGCCGCCAAGGACCACGAGUCCAUGCUCCGCACAGUGGGAAAGCUCACUGUCACCGACGUGGCCAAGAUCAGCUUCUUCUUCUGCUUUGUGUGGUUCCUAGCAAACCUCUCCUACCAAGAGGCCCUGUCGGACACGCAGGUUGCCAUAGUGAACAUUCUGUCCUCCACUUCAGGUCUCUUCACCCUCAUCCUGGCGGCCAUAUUUCCCAGUAAUAGCAGCGACCGCUUUACUCUGUCCAAGCUCUUAGCUGUGGCUCUGAGCAUGGGAGGAGUGGUUCUUGUCAGUUUCUCCAGCAUGGACAGCCCUGACGGAAAAGGCACUAUAGGCUCUCUGUGGUCAUUGGCUGGGGCUGCUCUGUACGCAGUCUACAUCGUCAUGAUCAAGAGGAAGGUGGACCGGGAAGACAAGCUGGACAUCCCCAUGUUCUUUGGGUUUGUGGGUUUGUUCAACCUGCUCCUCCUGUGGCCAGGGUUCCUUGUGCUUCACUACACAGGCUUCGAGGCCUUUGAGCUGCCCAGCAAGCUAGUGUGGAUCUACAUCCUCAUCAACGGCCUCAUCGGUACCGUGCUCUCCGAGUUCCUCUGGCUCUGGGGCUGCUUUCUCACCUCCUCCCUAAUAGGCACACUGGCCCUCAGCCUCACUAUCCCACUCUCCAUCAUAGCAGACAUAUGUAUGCAGAAGGUGCGUUUCUCCUGGCUGUUUUUCGCUGGAGCGGUUCCCGUAUUCCUCUCCUUCUUCAUCGCCACUCUGUUAUGUCACUACAACAACUGGGACCCUGUUAUGGUGGCGCUACGAAGAGUGUUUGCCUUUAUAUGCCGCUCGAAACACCGGAUUCAAAGAUUGCCAGAAGACUGCGAACAGUGUGAAAGCCUUAUUCCCUUACACACCGUCUCCCAUGACAAUGAAAGCUUCUGCUUGUGAUGCACUAGCCAAUCACAAGAUGGUGAAUACAGCGCAGAGCAGCGCGCAGAAGGUGAAGUGACAAUCUCAAAACGACCAAACAGAGACCUUACCCCCAGUGCCUCUCAUUCAACCUAUAUAUUCUCUGCAGUGUGGAGAUGACCGAUCCAUCUCUACAAGAUGAACUCUUUUUCCUUUGUACAACGUUGACGCGACUCGGGGGAAACCCACCUGGGGACAGAAACAUAGCAGUGUGUUUUGUUAUGUCGGAUUUCGUUGUGUAAAAAGAAGGACUUUAUAGUACUGAAAGUGCCAGCCUUUUAUCAAUGGCUCAUACUGUCAUGUGGCCACUUGAAAUAGUACAAGUUUAAAUAAUGAGACAGAGGCUUCAGUCAGACCAUAAGGAGAAAAGCAAAGGUAUUGUUUUUGUUGUGAGGGGAAAAGUGCUCUGAUUGGCUAAUGUAGAUGUAUCCUCUUGUUGGUUGGCUAAUGUAGAUGUAUCCUCUUGUUGGUUUUCUAUAGCCUCACUGCUUGUUCACAGGUGUGGGUUUGGAGCAAGCACAAUUCAGACCUGUUAAUCUAGAAAUAGUAUGGGUGGAAAAAGUUGGUCAUGUACUUCAUUAUCAGGCUGUGUAGGUGAUUUACGAAUCCGAUUUACAGAUCUGUCCAUAUUCAUAAAUGGUCUCAGAGUAGGAGUAUUGAUAUAGGAUUUGUUUAGCCUUUUAGAUCAUAAUGACUAUGAUUAUAUGGACACAGAGGACCUGCACUAUAUCAGCAAUGCUACUCUAGGACACUUUUUUUUAAAUACAGGUCCAUUUGUGCAGUGCCUGCUCAGAAUCACUGUGAACAAGCAGUAUCUGAAGUUUGAGAUUAGAAGAGAGCUGAGCACAGCUGUUGACUACCGCCUUUGAUUUCUCCCCCAUACUCUACAUCCCUCUAUCUCUGGCCCCUGGCAGCCAGGCAAUGCUGGAUCAUGAAGGAAAUCUGUGAUGAAAAGACGUUUGUAUGCGUUCUAAUGUGAACUAAGACUAACCCCUCAACUAAACUAAGCUGCAAUACAAAAGUUAUAAUGCUGCUGCCUUUUCAACUGAAAACAGAUGCCAUCUCCAAACAGGUGUAAGUACUGUACUACGCCAUGAAAUGCAAAUACAUUGUUACUUUAGUUUGUAUUUCACAUAGUGACCCUUCUAUACAAAUAAUAGUUUAGAUGUUCUCAGAUGUUUUACUCCAUUUGUUUUUGUAAAUCUUAACAUGUUAUGACACUAAAAAAGGUGGCAUGGAUUUAAGACAGACCAAGUAAAUAGAUUUUGCAGUAUGUUUAACAAAAGCACUAUUUACCAUCUAAUUAAGUUCCCUUAGUCUUAAUAGAGACCAUUACCUAAUAAUGAUCUGUUUUAUCAUUUCUACCACUCCUCGGUGGGCAUUAGGAGCCAUGAAUGGAGACUUUAUCUGAUUUGAUUAUCUUUCAACAAUUAUGUUUAAUGGUAAAAUUUAUGCCAUGAUAAUGUUUGUAUGUCCAACAAUUGUAUUUUAGACACAUUUUGUUUGAUCAGCACCUACAAUGCAAAUCAAUCACCCACUCACUCUUAUUCUGCUGCUGAUUUAAUUUGAUGAGUAAAAGCAUAUAUUUUUAGUUUUUUUUGUCUCUGUAACCCUUGAUGUACACCAUGACAAGGAGCAUGUUAUCAAUAUUUUUCCAUCGACUGUCAACCUGUGUACAGAACUUUAUGGAGUGUUUUCCCAGUGCUCGGUAUGGAUAGGACACAUUUUAUGACUGGCGAUAAUUGCAGGAAGUAAUUACUUGCUUUGUAAAACUGGAAAAAAAAAAAAAGUUCAGCCCCUUGAGCCAUCUUUAACUUUGUCUAACUCAGUUUUUACUUUCACAUUGUCAAAAAAAAAAAACGUAUACCUUAGCCAAUAGCUUUUGUCACUAUCAGCUGUGAUUAAUGCACAAUGGAAAUCAGCUGUGAGAUGUAUUUGGUUGUUUAAUUCAUGGGGUUCCUGUAGUCUAUUUAUAUUUGCAAAAACAGGAACUCUGGAACUGUACAUCCUAUGAUAAUUGGUAAGCUAAAAUGUAGAUAUGAAACAAAUGAUCAUAUCAUCCAUUUAUGGAGUUUCUUAUCGAUGGGCAGGGUGCCAGAUACAUAAGUGCAUUGUUUGUAAUUUUUUCAAAACUCAUGUUUUUAAAAUGUGUGUGUUUUCAAAAAUAAAUAAAAAACAAUCAAUGGUGCUUACGGAAUGUGCAUAUAUCGUAUAAAGUAGUUUUUUUUUCUCAGGUACUUUUACUUUAUUUUCCUUUGUCCAAUCAGAUUUUGUUUUGAUAAUGUCCCUUCCUUUAUUAAUGGAUCUCUUUUUAAAAGAUGUAUGCUGAUUUAUAAAAGUGUGAUUAUCAUAGUUUACUGUAUCAUCACAAGCUCUUUUGAUGUGAAGAUUCACCCAUUUUGAAUGUUAUAUCGUUUUUGUGCAUCUCUGAGCGAUGUUCUAUUUAUUCUUGGGAUAAUGCACAAAAACAAUGUAAAAAAAAAUAAUAAUAAAUGGGUGAAUGUGAAUCUUUCUUUUGUCUUUGUUGUUCCGUAAGUCCCUUUUCAAUGUUAUGCUGCACUAUUAAAACUAUGUGAAGAUGUAUUUUCA